CUUGGAGUAACACGUCAUUCUAAUAAAGUCCAGAAGCCGGCUGACAGGGACUGAUCCCCUCUCCGUCGUCGUUUUGUUCUGUAUAUCAGUCUGCUUUAUCUCCAAAUGCUAUAAUUUGUUUUGAAUACAACGUACUCUUUAACGCUUGUCUAGACCUGAGGCCAACCUGAUAUAAAAGCUCUGAUGGCGACCUACCAGGAGUUUAUUCAACAGAACGAGGACAGGGAUGGGGUGAGAUUCAGCUGGAACCUCUGGCCCUCCAGCCGUCUGGAAGCCACGAGGCUAGUGGCCCCAGUAUCCUGCCUCUUCACACCACUCAAGGAGAGGCCUGACCUGCCACCGGUCCAGUACGAACCAGUUCUGUGCAGCCGGGCCAACUGCAAGGCAGUGCUCAACCCACUAUGUCAAGUUGACUUCAGAGCAAAAAUAUGGGCGUGCAACUUCUGCUUCCAGAGAAACCCAUUUCCUCCCUCUUAUGCAGGCAUAUCAGAAGUGAACCAGCCAGCUGAACUCAUGUCGCAGUUUUCUACCAUUGAGUACAUAGUACAGCGUGGACCCCCGACCCCUCUGAUCUUCCUGUAUGUAGUGGACACAUGUUUGGAAGAAGAGGACCUCCAGGCCCUCAAAGAGUCCCUGCAGAUGUCCCUCAGCCUGCUGCCACCCAACGCCCUGGUGGGCCUCAUCACAUUCGGACGCAUGGUUCAGGUUCACGAGCUCAGCUGCGAGGGGAUCGCCAAGAGCUACGUGUUCAGGGGCACCAAGGACCUCUCCUCCAAACAGAUCCAGGAGAUGCUGGGUUUAAUGAAGCCAGCAGCAUCAGGACAACAAGGUCGCCCAGUGGCACCUCAGGAUGCUGCAGCUUCUUGCAGGUUCCUUCAGCCCGUGCAUAGAGUCGAUAUGAACCUGACUGACUUGCUCGGUGAGCUUCAGAGAGACCCGUGGCCUGUUCCUCAGGGCAAACGGCCCCUCCGCUCCACUGGUGUUGCACUGUCUGUUGCUGUCGGUCUGCUGGAGGGUACAUUCCCCAACACAGGGGCUCGUGUGAUGCUGUUCAUGGGAGGGCCCCCCACCCAGGGCCCAGGCAUGGUGGUGGGAGACGAGCUGAAAACCCCCAUUCGCUCCUGGCACGACAUCCAGAAAGACAACGCUCGCCAUUUGAAGAAAGCCACCAAGUACUAUGAAGCCAUGGCCAACCGCUCAGCAGUAAAUGGCCACUGUAUUGAUAUCUACGCCUGUGCCCUAGAUCAGACUGGACUGCUGGAGAUGAAAUGCUUAUCAAAUCUCACCGGGGGGCAAAUUGUGAUGGGAGACUCCUUCAACACCUCCCUUUUCAAGCAGACCUUCCAGAGGGUCUUUAGCAAAGACUACAAUGGAGACUUCCGCAUGGCCUUCGGAGGCGUCCUGGAGGUCAAGACAUCAAGGGAACUAAAGGUUUGCGGGGCCAUUGGACCGUGUGUUUCACUAAACUCCAAGGGUUCCUGUGUUUCAGAGAAUGAGAUGGGUAUUGGUGGCACAAGCCAGUGGAAAGUGUGCAGUCUCAACCCCUCCACUACUUUGGGCAUUUAUUUUGAAGUGGUGAAUCAGCAUAAUGCACCAGUCCCCCAGGGUGGCCGAGGGGUGAUCCAGUUUGUAACCCAGUACCAGCACUCCAACACACAGAGGAGGAUACGGGUCUCCACCGUCGCCAGGAACUGGGCAGAUGCACAGUCCCAAAUUCAGCACAUUGAGUCGUCAUUUGACCAGGAAGCGGCUGCAGUGCUCAUGGCUCGUCUGGGAGUCUUCAGAGCCGAGUCGGAGGAGGGACCAGAUGUCCUGCGUUGGCUUGACAGGCAGCUCAUCCGCUUAUGCCAGAAGUUCGGCCAGUUCAAUAAAGAUGAUCCUACAUCCUUCAAACUGUCGGAGUCUCUGUCCCUCUACCCACAGUUUAUGUUCCACCUGCGGCGGUCGCCCUUCCUGCAGGUGUUCAACAACAGCCCAGAUGAGUCGUCUUAUUACAGGCACCACUUUGUCAGGCAGGACCUGACCCAGUCCCUGAUCAUGAUCCAGCCCAUCCUCUACUCAUACUCCUUCUAUGGACCACCAGAGCCCGUUCUCCUGGACAGCAGCAGUAUCCUGCCAGAUAGAAUCCUGCUGAUGGACACGUUCUUCCAGCUGGUUAUCUACCAUGGAGAGACCAUAGCCCAGUGGCGAAAGGCAGGCUACCAGGAAAUGGCAGAAUACGAGAACUUCAAACAGCUGCUGCAGGCUCCACUGGAUGACGCCCAGGAGAUCCUACAGACGCGCUUCCCCAUGCCGCGCUAUGUCGACACCGAGCACGGAGGCUCACAGGCUCGCUUCCUGCUCUCCAAGGUCAACCCAUCACAGACCCACAACAACCUCUACGCCUGGGGACAGGAGACAGGAGCCCCGAUCCUCACUGAUGACGUCAGCCUGCAGGUCUUCAUGGACCACUUGAAGAAACUGGCUGUUUCCAGCUCUGCGUAGACGUCUCUCUUCCAUCACAAAGAGAGGAGUGAUCCAACAUUCCCGUUCUGAUAUAGGGAUCCAUUAACAUUUCCCCUGUUUUUGUAAAGGAGCCAAACCCAGAGAGUCUACUGUAUGUGCUUGCUUGAUUUUACUGUGCUCUUUCUGGACUCAUAUGUGACAUUUCCAUGCUGCAAAAGGAACAGAAAAGGGGGGGGGAAUAGCACAUGCCUGAUAAGAAAGCAAGUGACAUUUGUGCUCAUUUGCAUUAACUUCGUAUUUAUGCGAAAUGGUCUAGUACUCCAGAACCAGAUUGUCCUCAUGUAAGCAAUAUCAAUUUCUCUUUUAUAAUUGAUAUUACCUCUGACAUGCAGAAUGACUAGAUUAAUAAUUUAAUUUGUUUGUUUUCUUUUCGUUCGUUCGUUUGUUUGUUGUAAAAUGUGUAUCUGCGGCAUCAGACUUGGCUGAAGGUGCCGUUUAAUAGCACGCUUAUAUGUGUUUGCUUUGUCUAUAGCUUAAGAUGCCUAGAAUUAAUAAAUUUAAAAUGGUACCUCUAAUGUUAAGAAAUGUUCACAGGGCUAAUCUGUCUUCACAUUGAUGGCUUGUUAAUCACAGUUUAUUUGACAAUACAUAUAAAGAUAAAAUCCUACGUGGAUUAUACCUAAAGUGUUUUCCAAGAAAAUUCCCUCUGAAUAAUGAGGAUUUAUGUUCUGAGGAAUGGAAGUCAAUCACAUCAACUUAACUGACUGUUUUCAAUGACGAACAUUUAGAUUUAUUUUUAACUUCAAUUUUAUAGGGCACUCCAUAGUUUAGUCCUCUCAUCCCAUCUCGUUCACCAUCUGGUAUUUUGCACCCAAUGACUGCCCAAGUGUCUUUGUAAUCUAACUUUAAUAUACUGUAAGACUGUAUAAAAGGGACAGUUGUGUGAUUUAGAUCUGGAUUCUUAAUGCUAUCCAUAUAAAGGCCUGUCGACAGUA